GCUGAUGGAGGCUGAGCUGGGAGGAAGGAGGCGAGCCCCUCAGCUUCCGCGUCAGCAUCCCUUCAAAUAGCUGCUGUCACUUGCCUGCUGCACGCACGGAGAGGCACGAUUGGGAGCCCCCCCCCCCCUAAAAAAAAAAAAAAAAGGAAAAAUCCGACGUUUCCAUGUUAACGUGGCAGCUCUCGUCUUACAUGGUGACAACAAUCACGAUGAGCGGACAGAGACGCUAAAAGGCGUUUGUAGCCUGGCCAGGAAGGAUAGCGAUGGUCAAGGCGCCUCGUCCCGGGAGAAGUCAUCCCAGAAGCUGGCCGCAAGAGACAGGGAUGCUCCCUUAAAGCACCGGGAGGUCCAGUGAGUGAGUGAGUGAUGGACCGAGCAGCAGAGGAUGCACAGCUGGCUGAGAGAGAAGAUAACGGAGACAGACUUUUCCCAUUUCCUCCCUCUGCUGUUUGAUCCUCACCUCCCGCUUGAUAUCGCUUUGACUGCAUGUUUGUGACAGCUCCUUGUCUACCCCUUGCCUGCUUCGUCUCCCGCCGCACGCCGUGAAAUAUCACCGCUUCUUCUUCUCUGAUGUUGUGUUUCAUUGGAAAGACAUGGAACACAUGCAAGACACACCCUGUUCUCUCCUUUAAAGAGGUUCUCCUGAGCAGAGAGUUUGUGUGGCGGAGUUUGAGCUGAGAGUGGAAGUGAGUGGGCGAGAGAGGGAACAUCUGUCAUGGCUGACAGCGAAGGGACAAACCUCGAGGACCCUCCCUACAAGAACCUGCUGCUCCUGGGCGCCAUUGCGGCGGCGUCGGCCUUCGUGGUCACCAUCCUCAUCGUCCUGGUCUGCGUGGGCUGCCAAAGAAAAAGCAAGAGCAAGCACCCUUCAGCCGGAGAGAAAGGGACAUCUGUAAAUAUGCAGGGUACCCUUCGCCACCCGAAACUGAAUUCCAUGAGCAAAUCGGACACCAGGCUGCAUGAGAUCAAUCGCUUUCCCUGCAACGGAAACUCAGUGAGUAAGAGCCGCCCAGCCAGCAUGGACCUCCUGCUCCUCCACAGUCCGCGCUCCCAGACCGACCUGAGGCCUUCCCAGGGGCGCCAGCUUCCACAGAUCCCCGCCGGCCCCCAAGGAUCCUGCCAAGGAGGGGAAGGGGACACGGGAGGAGAUGGGGGAGGAGGAGAAGCCAGAGACCACACUUACACCGAAGUGGGGCUGCGAAAUAACCCCACCCCGACGCACGGCUUGGACGACAGCCUGUAUGAGAACGUCAGUGUCCGGGUAGGGGACGCUGGCCCCAAAGCACCCGCAGCCCCUCCGCCGACAUCAACGAACACUCCAACUUCAGUCAGGGCCACCCAAAGCCCACCUGCUCAGGCCAACGGAGUCCGCAAUGGCAAUGGAAAUGGUGGCAGAGGGAAUGGCAACAUUAACGGCACAAUGGCAGGGAAAAGUAACGGGGCAAGCGGGGUUUUCAGGUCACCCCUGUCCUCAGUCACCUCCCUGGCCAUCCAAGAACCUACUGCAGCAGAGUACGCUUCAAUUCGCAAGUUCAGAAAGGUUGACAAGGCAAACAGGAAGGAAAAUAACGGCGCCGACAGCCAGUCGGACCAAUCGAGCGUGAGCGACUCGCCCUCAGCUGCUCCUCCGCAACUCCAUCGCAGUCAGGAGUUUCCACGAAAACCCCUGGAGCCGUUUCACCUGCACUCUUUCCCAAAGGAGCCCGUGUUCAUGGGCAAUGGUGAGCAGUACAUCUGGAAGCCCCCAGAGGAGGAUGAUAUCAUCACUUUGCACCCACCUCCACACCGCGUAGAGAAUGGACAGGGGCACCCAAUGCCCCCAACUGCGAAGGAGAUUGCAGACACCUAUUCCAUCGUGUGCAAAACUCAGAAGAAAAAGACUCCCAUGGAAAGCAACGGGGCAAAGACCCUUCCCCGCUCAUUUGGUGGCGAGAGAGGAAAGGGCCGGGGCCGAGGGGUCCAGGCCCAGGCGCGUUCCCAGGAGGAGCCGUGCUACGAGCCGACGGGAGACAGGGCCUGGGCCUCUUGUCCGGCAGCCGAGUCCGACCCCGCAUACGCCACCAUUGACAGCCACCGUAAACGUGAACAGGCCGCCACCGGUAAUAGCGCGGCAGGUGGUACUGCCACACUUAAGAGAAAGAAGCAACAGGCGCCGCCAGCUGCACCUCAGGGCUCAGCUUCCAACCCCCUGCCUGUUCGAGGUCUGCCCGGGGGAGAGAACUUCUAUGAGACCAUCGGCGAUGUGAAAGCAGGCAAUAGCUCCAGCACCACCACCAUCUUCACAUUCAAUGACGGGAUGGAGAUGUAUGUCACAGGCCUGUAGCUGGCAGACACGCGGAU